UGAAAAGCUGAAACCUCGAGAAAGCCUCUAACAUUCAGACGAACGGUCAACCAAGGGGUAAAAGGUUGCGAAUUAUAUCCGGGCAAGACUCUGGCCGCCAAAUAUUCCAAGUUGUCGGUCCGUGCAGGCACAUUCUCAAGAUGACUUCGGAGGACGCAGAACUGCGUAAUAUUGAGCUACAGUUUCCUCUCAUGAGGAAUAUGUCCAGAAGUGACAACAACUGCACACAGGAAGACAGAAUCGUCACAGAUACUGGUACAAUGGUGGUAGCCGUCCACGGCGAUAGAAAUAAGCCGGCUAUAUUUACAUACCACGACAUUGGCCUGAAUCAUGUGUCCAACUUUCUGGCUUUUUUCAAUCACAUCGACACACGGGUGCUAAUGCAGAGUUUCUGCGUUUAUCACAUAAACGCUCCAGGUCAGGAAGAAGACUCAACGACACUCCCCAAUAUGUUCACGUUUCCUACCAUGGACCAACUUGCCGAUAUGCUUACAGCCGUAAUGGAACAUUAUGGGUUAAAGCAUUUCAUCGGUUUUGGAGUUGGUGCAGGAGCAAACAUUCUCGCCCGCUUCGCAUUAAUGUAUCCACAUUUCGUGGAUGGCUUAUUCCUGAUCAACUGCCCCUCCACGGCUGCCGGGUGGACUGAAUGGGGUUACCAAAAGCUCAACACAAUGUACCUAAGGAACUCUGGAAUGACAUCGUCCACACAAGAAUAUUUGAUGUGGCAUCAUUUUGGAAAAACGACUGAAAAUCGCAAUUACGAUUUAAUGCAGCUGUUCAGACAUCACUUCAACAAAUCAGUGAAUCCUUACAAUUUAGCUCUAUUCAUUGAUACUUUUAUUCGACGCACGGAUUUACAAAUCGUUAGGGAAACUGAUCCAUCGAAACAGAAAAGUGUAAGAAAUUUCAGGUGUCAUGUCCUAUUGAUGUCUGGUGCCUUUUCACCUCAUUUAGAGGACACAGUUACAAUGAACAGUAGGCUUGAUCCAACGAAUUCUACAUGGAUGAAACUCUCCGAUUGUGGGAUGCCAUUAGAAGAAAGACCGAAUAAAGUUUGUGAAGCUUUGUACCUUUUUCUGCAAGGAUUAGGAUAUGCUGUAAAUCAGUACCGAAGACGAUCCUCAGCGGCCUCUACAAGCAACGAAGCAUUCAAAGUACUUCAAGCAUACCAGAACUCCCUGUCGAAGAACUACGACCAUCAAUCGAACCCUCUUCCAUCCACACCUACCACUGCCACGACCACAAUUUACAACCCUCGGCAGGAAGUCCAUAUCGUCGAAAAUCCUAUCAAUCAACACACGGGCCCAUGAAAAAAUGACAUUCUAACCAAUCCUGUACUUUUAUUUUUACUCCCUCGUAGAGUUAGUACUAAAAAGCGCUAGAACCGUUUGGGUAUGUAUAAGUAAGGACUCAUGUGUUCGGUAUGUACUUGAAAUUCUCGCUUACUACAAUCGUUCACGAAAAAGUUACGUUUUUAGAAUAAAUUUAAGAAUAGAAGAAGAAAAAAACUGCCUAUUGAUAUAUUGCCAAGGUGUUGCUUUUAUUAUUAUUAUUUUCAUUAAUCUUAUUAUUUGGGAAAUAGAGUAUCCAGAGCCAGAAAUUCGUUCAGGCAACUAGCGAGAAAAUAUCAACUCAAUACUAUGUAUUCAUUUAUUUUAAGGAGAAAUAUUAAAAUAUAUUUUCAAUAUUGGUAAAAAUAUUUUGUAUUUUGUACAAGUAUAAAAAAAAGGUUUGAGGAAAAAAGUCAGGGAAAUGUAGAAAAAAGGUUUACUUUUUGCAAUGAAACAAAAAAGAAUCUUAGAAACUAAGUAAAAGGUAAUGAAUACGUAAUAGAAUACGGAAUAGAACAGCGUGACUAAUUUUGCCAGAGUAAAACUAGAGAAUUUUGCACUAGGAUAAAAUUAUAUUAUCAUAAGCAUUAUUAUUGCAUAAUUAACAUCUUCAGCCACAAAAACCUAUAAAAUUUUCAGCGCUAACACAAUAGCAGCAUUAAAGCAUAAUUUAUAAAGAAAAAUUGUUUAUCAUGCCUUUAAUUUUCAAAGUAUUUUGCAGUUUUUAGGAGACAAAGGGGAAAAAAGCAGUUUUUGAAUGUUUUAUAAGUCGAGUUCUAACUCAAGUAAUUCCAUGUGAAAAUUGUAACACUUUCCCAUUAUUAUGGCGCAUUCUCUGUCAUCAUAUAUGUAUACGAGGAUUGUUAGAAAAGUAUUCAACCUUAUUUUUCUGGGAACAUCUGAUGGAUAGGACACAAGUGCGCUUGCUCAAGCUAAGUAGCACUACCUUUCAAUCGACUCUUGAGUUUGGAGAACAGCCAGAAGUGGCAAGGGGCUAUAUCAGGAGAGUACGGAGUCUGUUAAAUUACAGAAGUCUUAUUUUUCGCUAAAAACGUCAAAAUAAAGUGCGAGAAAUGUGCUAAGAACCGAAAGCGGUCUGUCUUUUACGAAUGAUUUUCCUUUGCCCAGAAUCUGAGAAAAUUUGAAGCUGUAGCGCUACCUUCUUUCAUUUUUAUUGAAAUUUUAAAAAAAACGGUGAGAGCUUUACAUACUAACUCAGUCAAGCUCUGUCUGCCAGCGACUGAGGCUAUUGACAGACAGGAGAAAAUUCACGUGAGUGCGCACAAAGGUUCCAAGUCAGCUCACACAAGCGCGCUUGAUUCAUGUAUAUCUAGUUUUAACAGAAAAAACUAAGUCGGAUUCUUUUCAAACAGCCUUCGUGUAUAUAUAUAUAUAUAUGUGUGUAUAUAUAUAUAUAUACACCUAUAUAUAGUGAACUUUUGAUUGAGAAAAAUCUUUCGGCUCAAAGCCUUUACUGCAAAAUCUGUGCAAUGUAUGAUGAUGGAAAUUGGUACAAAAUGAUUCCCCAUAUUAAUAGUUUGCAUGACGACGGCAUUUUCAAAAACUGCAUUUUAAUUUCCUUAAUAUUUAAUAUUAAAAUCACUUCUUUCGCUCCAAAGAAAUCCAUGAUCCAACUUAGUCUUUCAUGCAUUUAAGUUGUAUUCAUGCAUCUAAUGGUUAGUUUAUUUUUUCCAAUGUAUUAUGAAACAAAAAAAAAAAUCAAAAGAUCCUUUUGAUCUAAGACGUAAGUUCAAUCAAAAAAUUAAGAUAUUAUACAUAACUUGAAACUUAUCAACACUAAAAAAUUUUAAAGAUAACAUUAAUAUGGCACACAUAUUAAAACUGAUUUCAUAGACUUGACUCUAGACUAGUAAUUCUUUCGGAUAUUGUACGAAAAAUGACAUUUUGAAAAAGUGGUACAUUUGAAAUUUUUAAUAUUUAAAUGAAUUUCAUUGAAUGGUAGCUUAUCCAAACAAUGUAUAAUCCAAAACAUCAUAUCUUAUAUGCUUUAGUAUACUUUCUUGUAAAAUAGAACGAAAAUAUCAUAAGUAAUGCAUGAGAAAAGUUUACAACUUUCACUGCUCAAUGUCAAUGAUUGUAAUUCAAACAAGUAACGAAAAUGUAUCAGAAUAUUUUCAUAAGUAAAACUCAAUUGUUUAAUUUAUGAAAGUUUCAUUGUACAAAUUAAGAUUGAUUGUGGAGUUCUAUUUUUUGCAAAUAUAUAAAUAUAUAUACAUGUAAGUAUACAUUAAACUGUGCUUUCAAGUCAUUUACUUCUAUAUUCAAGAUGAAAUAUUUAGUGUAUAUAUGUAGAAUAACACUAGAUGCAAAGCUAAGUAGAGUAAAUUAGCUUCAAAGACAGAAGCAAGCUCUAGCGAAAUGAGCUUAGACCUUUUAUGUAUUCUAUAUGCAAACAAUUUACCAUUUCAAUUUAUAAAACUGAUUAGUUUUACAAUGCCCUGCAGAUGAUCUGUAUUUGAAAUACCAAAGCUCAAACAAAUGUAUGUUUAUUGCAGUAAAAUAUCACUAAUUUUGGCUGCUCACAAUAUUACAUGCUGUUUCCUUCACUAUUUUUAACAUAUUCAUUUUUGUACUAAAAAUAUUUUUAUGAAUUUAAUAAAAGUAAUAAGAAUAUUUCUGACACCCCGAAAUAAAAGAGGCAAGUAUGACUUUAGCUUUUCUUCAGUUGAGAAAAAAAAAUGCGUAACUCCUCCAUAUUCCGAAUGUCUUUAUCCAGUUGCAAACUCUCUCUCUCUUUUCUGUGUAUAACCAACAAUUUUUGCUUCCAGUUGAAUUGAACCAACACCUAUUUGUUGAGGGUUGCGUAGUACAUACAACUAGAUAACUUCAAAUUUGGCAAAGUAGAAUUUGUUGAAAUUUUUUGUUUUGAAGAGGACACAAAUACUUCUAAUUACAAAAAAAAAAAGGAAUAGAAGCUUAAUAGCAUUUAUAUCGAGUCUUCACAUUCUCCAUUGUGGAAAAACAUUAAUUUGUGGAGUUUCCCGUGAAACAGUAUGAAAAAAUAACCGAAUUUAGUUACCUAGUUGUAGUAUUCACCCCACGACGAUACACCCUGUCUUAUAUAAAAGGUAUUAGUUGAACCCUGAGAUAGAAACUCGAAUUGUCGAACGAAGUCUUCCUCGACCAAUCAGAAGGAUUCGAUCGUUAGUUCGGGUACCUGACUGAGGCUCAACUCGGUUGAAGAAUGUGACCAUUAGAUUGCUUAAAACCAUUGUUAAAAACUUUUAUGCGACUUUUUAGUUUGUGGGAUGUCAAAAAGAAUUAUGUAAACUAAAAUUUCGAAAUGGACAUUGUUUCAACAUUAAGAGGUGCCCUCCCCCUCCCCUAACUAUCGCGAAGACCCUUCCCCAAAAUGCAAGAGACCCCCCCCCCCCAAAAAAAAGAGAAAAA